AUGGUGUUUCGCGCGAGUACUGAUUUCGAGUAUGGAUUGAUGCAGAGUUAUGCUGCUAGCACACCAGUUACGAGUCCUUUCCAACCACAAGUCGAGGCCUCUGUCGCAACUCCAGCACCUCCCGCCAAGCUACAUGCGCUGGACAUCCAGCACAACGAGUAUGUCGCAAGCUUGAAGGCCGCUGGCCAUAGUGUGCGCCAAGACGUUUCCACAAUUGGUCGAACCAAGAUAAGGACAUAUCACGAGCUCUCAUCUGACUGGAGUGGAUCCACGCCAGCUAAUGCCGACACGGAGGAUGAAUGUAUCAAGCGAGCCGUCAGUAACCGUGAUGUGUCGAGGAUGAUUGUUGGGCAAGAACAGGAGGACGUCAAGGUUGUCAUGGUGUUCACAACUGCACCGGCUCGUCCACGCCUGUCAAACAGUCAGGUCGAGGAGGUUUCCUUCGGCCCUGACGUUGCAGCUAAUGAUGGCUCGAAUGUUCUUCCGAUCCUUGCGGUCAAGCGCCGAGCGUCUCUUGCGGAAACGACGCUCGUGGAGGGUGAGACCGGGGAGAAUAGAUACACCGCGCACGCCGUUAAGCGCCGUCGGGACACGUACGGUGGUUCUGGAGUCAUCGAUUUGUGCGGUAAUGACGCGGCCUGA